AUGGCGAGGAGCCGCAGCUGUCUUCGUGAUCCUUCAUCUACUAAUUCGGCUCAAGUCGAGGAAUCUCGGUCUCGUUCUGUCCGGCUCUCUCCGCAUACGUCGUCUGAGUCGUUCUCUUCUUCCUCUUCACGUUGUUCGCUCGAUUCCUCCUCCGCUGCUUCGUCCUCCGCGUCUCCUUCUCUCGCCUCGUCUCCUUCUCGCGCGACGUCUCCUUCGCUGUCUCCUCCACUGACUACCUCAGGCGCUAGGCGAUUCAGAAACACCGCGAAUCCGUACAGCAACAGAAACCGUGUGUGCCUGCUGCACUGUGUCCGCGGAGAUCAAGCUGCAGACUCGGGCGGCGCUCCACGAGAGGGAAGGCUGGAAUGCUGCUGUUCCGUCCGGGUGCGGCCCUGUGAGCUGCAGCGCCGGCGCUCCGGACGGCUCGCUUCUCAGCGUGUGCGUCUUCUCUCCAGCUCGUCUUCCCCUCGGUCUGCCGCCGCCUUUCCCUCGGGCGAGGCCACCUGCUUCUCGGCAGACUCUCCACGCAGGAGGGGGAACCAACGAAGGCGAGAGAGCGAGGUCCGCGCAGCAGAGAGCGAGGCUGGAGAGGCGCAUGAAGCAGACGAGACUGUGGCAGCGGGGGCGACCCAGAGGAAAGGAGGCCGAGGAAGGGGGAGAAGGCUGGAACGCGACCGCGAGAGGGAAAGUCACGGGAGUCGCACAGGCGCAGGCGUGGAGACGACGGGAACCGCUGUAAGCGCUCUGUCACCAGGCGCGCCGUCAGUCGAAGACAGGCGACAGAAUGAGCCACGGGCGCUGCGACGCGCCCAAGAAGGACCGUGCCGGAGCUCGAAGAGACCGCCAAACAGCGGCGCGGCGCCAGCGUGUCGAGAGGAGCGGCGAGAAGAAGAAACACGUGGAGGCAGAGGAAACGCAGGCGACAGAGCGCGGCUGCCGCGACGCGGGAGACGACUCAGAGUGGGACAGCUGGAGCAUAACGAAGAAGAAGAGGCAGACGUCAAGCGAGGGAGGAGUAAUGGGUCCGGGGCAGUGCGCCUGUCGGGGGCUGACGGCGAGCGCAGCGUCGAGAAGCGACAAGGGAAAGAGCUCGCAAGCCGCGCGGGCGCGGGAGCGAACACUGAGAAGCGAGUGUCGGGUGGGAGCGACGAGGUCACCGAGGAAGCAGAAGAAACAGGGAGAGAAAGCGAAGGGGGAGGCAGACGCGCCCGAGGCUGUGGGGCGGCGGCAGGCGGUCCGGAGAGAGACGCGCAGGCGCGGCGCGGCGUGGCGGCGGUGCAGUCGCCCGAGGCGAAGGCAACCGCCAGGGGUGAUGAGGAGCGAAGGAGGAAGAGGAGCAAGGAGGAGAUGGAAAGCCAGCCGCAUGCACGUGGAGAAAAGGCCGACGCCACAGCACCGCAGAGGAAGCGGAAGGCAGGCGGUGACGCGUCGCUCGCCGUUCGGCACGUUUCUGGUGCAGCGGACAGCCUCGCCCCAGAUAAGGCAAAUGAGAAAGAACUGUGGGGCCGGCCGCUGAGGCAACGUGGCGCACACGAAGCUGUUGACCUCGCUUCUUGCCAGCAUAUAUCUGCUUCCAGAGAGCUGACAGAAAGGCAGAGGACGCUUGCGCGGAGGAACCUGCAGAGUGGAGAGGAGAUUUUGGAAGAAACACAAAGCGCAGAAGCAGGAAAAGACGAUGUCGUAGCUCAACGAGACGCGCAUGAAAGUUGCAGCUUGGCGCGCAGCCACGCUGGAGAGAAAAACCGCCGUCGGCACCUACUUCGUCCUUCCCUCUACUACCCAGGUCUUUCUUCUUCGUCCUCUCAAGACGAGGAAGACGACGACGCGCGUUUCUCUCUUGGAGGCCCUGAGAGGGCGGAAGGACUGGGGAGACCGAGUCUAGCGAGAAGAGAUGGGCGCCAGAAGACGCGCGGUCGCUCAGCCUCUCAUGUCGCCGACCCUCUCCCGUCUUUAUUUGCCUCUCCUGUCAUCCGUGUGUACGCCGCAGCAUGCAGACGAGGCGACGAAGCCGCGAGCAUCUCGCGACCAGUCCGGAGGCUGCUAGCUCGUCGUGUUCGGGCUUCUCGGCAGGCGUGUCUCUCUCGCUUUCUGCUGGAGGAGAUCAGCACAUUUCGCCGUUCGUUUUCUCUCGAUUUGAACGCGCUUCUCGCGCGGUCUCGGAGUCAAGGCGGAAGGGAGUUGGGUGCGGAGAGAAGGCGGCGCCUUCUCUCGCCGUCUGAGGAGGCAGUGGUGUCGUCGCUCCGCGUGUGGAGUCCAGGACGGCUUCCGGCUCCUCGGCAUCCUCUGCAGAGACAUGCGGAAUUUGCUCCCCGCAUGUGCGUCGGCACACGAGGAGGCAAGGUCGUCUCUCUGCAUCUGAUGCCUACAUCUGCGUGUGCUGUUCGACGCGGGGAAAGUGUCGAAGGAAGUGGAGACAGCGACGACGCAGAGGAAGACAACGGGGCGCUUUCUGAGGCGGACCACAUGGCCCCGGGAACGAGAGCGAGUGCCGAGGGUGUGGCGUCUUGCUCCUGUCGGCGCGUAAGAGCUGGCGUUCGCGUCACUACCAAAAUCUCGACUCUGGCUGUACACGAGAGUGAAGUCACUGCGCUCCGGUUUCUGGAGUGUGCGUCGCCCUCAGCCUUCUCCUCCGUGGCUCCGCAUCUUCCCUCUCCGGUGUCCAGCUCUGAGGCUCCGCCCUCCUCGCCUGCAGCAGAGGCUUGUGACGCUGCGUCACUGCCGUCCUCCUCCGCGCGUUCCUUUUUACCUCUGCGUCGGCACCUCAUCGACAGGGGGGACUCCUCGCCAGCGGACCCGCCAGCGUCUCCGUCGUCUCUCUUUCUCGCUUCUGCCUGCGCAGGUGGCCUCUGCAGAAUCAGUGACCUGACGACGGAAGCGCUUGGCAUCGCCUCGGUGCAGCACGACGCGCCUCUCACUGCAAUGGCAGCUGGCGUGUCGUCAGUCUCUUUGCCACCUUCGACAAGUCCAGUCCUCUACCUCGGCGAUACGCAGGGGCGCGUGCUUGUGUGGGACUGUCGCGCAAGGACGUCUCGCCUCCCAGCUGUCUCUCAGGAGAUCUAUUCGUGUGCGUCUACCUCCUCCGCCGACACGAGCGGCCGUUUCACGUUAUUCUGUCUCCCGCGCGAGGGCGUGUUUUUCAAGACGCAUGAUCCCCUUGUGCGGCAGAGCAGCAAACGGCGGACUUUCAGCAACGUGUCCGUCUGUCCACAGCGAAGCGAAGAACCGGUCUGCCGCUGGUGGUCGUCCGAGUUCUCUUCGUUUUCGGCUGGCGCGCCUACAGUCUUCGUGGGGGGGGAGAGGACCUCGUCGCUGUUGUCUCGAAGGGAGGAAUGUCUGCAAGGCGCGAGGAGGAUCGAGGACAUCUCUGUUCACCCGGAGAAUGCGUACAUCAUUGCAGCUACGUGUAGAGACCGAUCGGUCGCAGUGUGGGACCUGCGCAGGGGCUUCGAUGUUGCCGAGCCCGCCGUUCGCAUCGGACCUUUUCCUCGCGUGCGGUCGGCCUCCUUCUCACCCAGCGGUCACCGUCUUCUGUGUUCCUCAGCGACUCACCAGUUCCUAUUUGUCGAAAACAUGUGGAUCUCUCCUGGGCCUUGGCUGGACUUUUCGGCCUUCGACGUCACCGACGCCAGUUUACUUGGGUGCCAGUUUGACGUGGACACGCAACCCCUCCUGUCUCGGGCUUCGGCACCGGUUGAGUUCGGCGGGCUUCCCUCCUCGCCAGGCCGGAGCCAGCACCUCCGGUCGACGGAGACUUCCCAGUUUUCCCAGCCUCAGUCUUCCUUCUCGCGCUUGUCGUCUUCUCUCCUCUCCCCUCCGUGUUGGCCUUCCUCUCGCGAUGCGUCGAACGCGGCAAACAAGGAAGCCGAACGAGUCUGUGCAUGCGCAGCAGGCCGGACGGACGCGAAAGGGACUAACGGAUCGGAUAGUGGCGUUGCAGUUUACGCCCUGGAUGAAUCUUCACGCCGCGUGCACCGUGUCGAGCUCUACUCUCCCGAGAAGAUUGCUUUCGCUGAAUUCGUCCCGUUUUACAGUAAGUCUAAAGAUCGGCUGCUCGCCUGCGUACGCAGGAGCUGA